AUUCCUGAUUUUGAUCAAAUCACGCACUACCAAAGUGAAAUAUGCGUUUAUAUGUGCGCGAAUAGUGUAUGUAUACUGCACCUAAGAAUCUCGGACAUCAUGUAUCCUCAAGACUCGAGUUCAAAUAGAAGCCACCGGAGUUUCUAAGUAUACUGUCUUUGCAUCAGAGCCAAGAUGACGUUUCUCCGGAGGUUUUUCUACAAGAAGCCACCCGACGGGCUACUGGAGAUUUCGGAGAGGGUUUUCGUCUUUGAUUCCUGCUUUACUACUGAAUCUUUGGAAACUAGUCGAUACAAGAUCUAUAUCCAAAACAUAGUGGAGAACCUCCAGAAACACUUUCUAGAUGCUUCCUUUCUUGUCUUCAACUUCCGAGAAGGAGAGGAUCGAAGCCUGACUAGCAAGGUGCUGUCUGAGUAUGAUAUGAACGUGAUGGACUAUCCUCGUCAAUAUGAAGGCUGUCCAGUGCUCAAAUUAGAGAUGAUCAACCACUUUCUAAGAUCAAGUGAAAGCUGGCUGUCCCUUGGGCAGCUUAAUGUGCUUCUAGUGCAUUGUGAACGUGGUGGAUGGCCAGCCAUGGCUUUCAUGCUGGCUGCCCUCUUGAUAUACACAAAACAAUACACUGGUGAAUUUAGGACCUUAGAUAUGAUAUACAAGCAAGCUCCCCGUGAGCUUUUGAAUUUGGUGUCACCAUUGAAUCCACUACCUUCACAGUUAAGGUACCUAAAGUAUGUAUCGAGGAGGAAUGUUGGUACCACAUGGCCACCAAAGGACAGGGCACUGACAGUUGACUGCAUUAUCUUGAGAUCUAUUCCUAACUUCGAUCGAGAGGGGGGUUGCCGUCCAAUUUUCAGGAUAUAUGGACUAGAUCCUUUCUUGGACACAGAUGGGAUACCUAAGAAUCUGUUCUCAACACCAAAGAGAAGCAAAAUUGUUCGGCAUUAUAAGCAGGCUGAAUGUGAGUUGGUUAAGAUUGACAUCAAUUGCAACGUUCAAGGUGAUGUCGUUCUUGAGUGUAUCAACACAAAUAGUGAUUUGGAAAGUGAAGUGAUGAUGUUUCAAGUCAUGUUUAACACAUCAUUUAUUAGAUCAAAUAUACUGAUGCUUAACCGUGAUGACAUUGAUAUCUUAUGGGACGCAAAGGAUCAGUUCCCAAAGGACUUCAGGGCAGAGAUUAUUUUUUCAGAGAUGAAUGCUGUAUCUUCACUUGUUGCAACAAAUUUUCCUGUUAUUGAGGAAAAUAAAGAUCUUCCCAUUGAAGCUUUUGCAAAAGUUCAAGAGAUAUUUAGCAAUGUGGACUGGUUAGACCCAAAUAAAGAUGUGGCAUUGAAUAUGAUUCAAAAAAUCAGUAUUCUCCAAGACAGGUUGGAGGAUUCCUGCUCUCCACAAAAUGCUAGCGAGAAGAAUAUGUUGAAGGGGCCAAGUUCUGAAGAAGUUAAAGGGAAACCAAAAACAAAGGCACUUCAGCAAAUUAAUUUACUGCUAGAGAAGUUGGAAUCCACAUCUCCCCGAAAUGCUAUAAGCUAUGAUAUGAUGCAAGAGACCAGUCCUGGAAGACGCGAGGAGAAAUACAAACUAAGUACUUCAGAAAAUAAUGAAGUUUCCUCGCUAUUGUCUGCGAGCAAGCAAUAUUUUCCCUCGUCAGGGUCUUGUAUAGAUAUGACCUCAAUGCCAAAAAUGAUGGAAGCUGAAAAAUUGCAAAGUGCUCUUCACAUUUCCACUCAAUCAGAUACCACAUCUAUAAGAAUGCCAUACAAUUCACAAUCUGAUACUGCUUCACUGCAUGACCAUAAGAAAUCUGGGACCAACAAAUUCAACGAGCAAGUUAAACGAUCUCCUCCAAGUGCUAGUUCAGAUACUGUUCAGCUAGUACCUGAUCUUUUUAAGGAUAGCAUCAUUUCUUUUCCACCACCAACCAAAUUAGAUCCUUUGGAACAACCUUCUAAUGAAGUUUCUUCAUCUAUAAAUAAAGUGCCCAUUCUUCAAGCUCAACCUUCUUUCUCCCCACCUCCACUCGCCUCUUAUCAUUCAUCAAUCUCUGACUCCUUAGAAUCUCCCUCUCACAAACAUCCAUUGACCCCAACAUGUAACAAAAAGGCAUCAUUAUUGACUCCUCAUCAUCCUCCAAAUAAUCCACCAAACUUAUCAGAACAUGUUUCUCUCCCAGGAUCAGCCAACAAAACUUACUCUAACACCCAACUAACACCACCUACAUUUUCUCCUCUUCUUUCAGGAGUAGUUCAAUCCUCUAGUCCCAAGGAACAAUUUGCUAUCUUGCCAACUCUACAUUCUCCUUCUGAGACAGAAUUACAUCCCACUUUAGUGAAGCCAAUUUCCAUCCUGACUCCUGCUUUACCAUCGUCUUUCAUGGAAUUGGAUUCAUCUCUUACGACAAAAACAACAUCCUCUCCCCUUCCUGUGUCUUCUCCUGUUACUUCGUGUGAUUCCUUGCGUGCUGAUUAUCCACCAACUCCCCAUCUCCCUGUUCAGAGGUCAACAUCCCUUUUAGAUCCUGCUCCUCAUGUGCCAUUACAGAUUGCUUCUUUAGUUACUCCACUUCCUCUUCUGCCAUCUGUUAUGUUAGCUCCCAGUCCUCUAGCAACAUCUACAGUUCGGGUAUCUCCUCUUCAUCCAGCUUCAACAUCUAUUAUAUCAUACACAAGUCUGCUAGAAACAUCUGAAGCUCCUGCACACCCACUGCAUCCACCUCCAACAAUUGUCACAUCAGCCACAGGUCCAUUGGUAACAUCUAUAGUUCCUUCACCUCCUCCUCCUCCUCCUCUUCAUCCAGCUUCAACUUCUAUCAUGUCAGCCACAAGUUUGCUAGAAACAUCUACAGCUCUUGCACAUCCAUUGGAUCCACCUCCAGCAAUUGUUACAUCAGACACAGGUUCAUUGGCAACAACUAUAGUUCCUUCACCUCCUCCUCCUCCUCCUCCUCCUCCUCCUCCACAAUCAUCUGUUAUAUUAGCUCAGGCUCCUCUAAUAACAUCUGCAGUGACUGCACCACCCCCUCCUCCCCCUCCACUAGUUAUUGUGUCAGCCCCAGGUCCUCCAGAAAUAUCAGUAGGUUAUGCACCACCACCUCCUCCACCUCCACCAGUUAUUGUGUCAGCAUCAGGUUCUCCAGAAAUGUCUGCAGUUCCUGCACCUCCUCCCCCUCCCAUAUCUAUUUCGGGGAAUCCAAUCUCUAAGGAUUCUCCGCCUGUUGCACCUUUACCUCCUCCCCCAAAUUCAGGUAUAUCUGGAGUAUCAAGUGUACCUCCUCCAGUUCCCGGACCACCUCUAAGCUUAAAGGGAAAAUUACCAUUGCGUUCUAGUUCUAAGAAUCAAGCUCAACCUAGAAAAAACUUAAAACCAUAUCAUUGGUUAAAAUUAUCAAGGGCUGUGCAAGGAAGCUUGUGGGCUGAGGCACAAAAACCUGAAGAUGCUUCAAGUGCCCCUGCAAUUGACAUGUCUGAACUUGAAAAUCUUUUCUCUGCAUCAACUUCGAAUUCUGACAAUGCUGGGGGAAGAUCCAGUCGUGGUGCCUCAGGACCUAAGUCUGAGAAAGUUCACCUGAUUGAACUUAGGAGGGCUUAUAAUUGUGAAAUCAUGCUUACAAAAGUAAAGGUCCCUAUUCCAGAAUUGAUGAUUUCAGUGCUUGCCUUGGACGAUUCAGCACUUGAUGCAGAUCAAGUUGACAAUCUAAUAAAGUUCUGCCCAGCAAAAGAAGAGAUUGAGCUUCUGAAGAAUUACAAUGGAGAAAUGGAGAAUCUAGGAAAGUGUGAACAGUUUUUUUUGGAGUUAAUGAAAGUGCCACGGGUUGAAUCCAAAUUGCGAGUAUUCUCAUUUAAAAUACAAUUUCACAACCAGGCAUCUGAUAUAAGAAGCUGUUUGAAUCUCGUAAAUUCGACAGUUGAAGAGAUAAAGAAUUCAGACAAACUAAAACGGAUAAUGCAAACUAUUCUUUCUUUGGGAAAUGCUUUGAACCAUGGAACUGCACGAGGGUCUGCAAUUGGUUUUCGACUAGAUAGCCUUCUUAAACUUAUUGAUACAAGAGCUCGAAACAACAAGAUGACACUGAUGCAUUAUCUUUGCAAGGUAGUCGCUGAGAAACUACCUGAACUUCUUGAAUUUCCCAAAGAUCUUCUAAGCUUGGAAGCUUCAACAAAGGUACAACUUAAGCAUUUGGCAGAGGAAAUGCAAGCUGUUACCAAAGGGUUAGAGAAGGUUGUACAGGAAUUAUCUGCUUCCGAAAAUGAUGGCCUUGUGUGUGAAGAUUUUUGCAAGACCUUGAAGGAGUUUCUUGGUUUUGCUGAAGCUGAAGUGAGGUUUUUGGCAUCACUUUAUUCUGUGGUGGGAAAGAAUGCAGAUGCAUUGGCUCUUUAUUUUGGAGAAGAUCCAACCAAAAUUCCUUUUGAACAAGUUGUGGCAACAUUGCUGAAUUUUAUGAGAACGUUUCAGCGAGCACACGAUGAAAACUGCAAGCAAAUUGAGGUGGAAAAGAAGAAAGUUGAGAAGGAAACGGAGAAUGAGAAGAAGAAGAGUAGUAAUAAGAAGAAGAUAAAGAAAAAAGUUUGCAAGGAGAAGGUUAAGGAUUCAUCUAAUAAGAUGAAAAAUUAAGAUGAUAUCAACAACUGCAUCAUCCACUACUGAUCAACAAGGUCGUUCACAACCUUAACAAUCAAUCAAAUUGGGUUUUGGAUAUUACUUUUGACCGUGGAGUGAUGAGAAAACUCUGAUUAGGAAGUUAACAGUAGUUACAUCUAUAUAUACAGACAAUAACC